AGACAGAUGGCGAUGAAAAAAAAAGAGUUGCUGAAACGAAGUUGUCGGAGUGUCAAAGUGUCGGAGAAAAAUUGUGAACCAGUGAAAAUUUUGAUAUAAUUAAAAAUAUUUGAAAUACUACAGUGAAUUUGUUAAGGCUCAUAUAUUAUAGAAGUAUUCAAUGAUAUGAAAAAGUGCAUAUAUCCAAUUUUUAUUGGAGUAUAUGGGCCAAGUCACCAAGUGAAAAUUUCAGUGAAGCAGAUUUAUUACUAUACAAAUCAAUAUUAAAUAUAAAGAAAAUAAUGAUAAAUACCUUGCUUAAGUGUUAAACUAUUAAUUUUCUAUUAUACCGGUAAAAGUCAAUUCGUCGAUUUUUUCUACUCGGUGAAAAAUUUCUUAUAAUUAACGAGCGCCGCCCUUAAUGUACCAAGACAAUAUAUCUGGAUUAACAACAAUAAUUUUUGGCAUAUCGACGUAAUGUUAUUGCAUUAAAAGGCUGGGGCUGUGCGAAUUUGCUUUUCGAUAUAAACCGAAAAUCGUCUCCGCAAUGAAUGAACUCAAUUGGCAACGAGUCAGACUAACCGAGGGCAACAUUGAAACUAUUUUCACUUAUACUCAGGAGCCAAAUUGCCGUCGUUGUGAUUAGCAUCAUCCAUAAAUCUAGUGAGAACCCGUAGGACGUCGCCUCCUCCGCGCUUAGAGGAGUACUGGAAUGUUGGAAUAUCCCCAACGAUUUGCUCGCAAUAUCCCCGAUUCCUCAACGGCGAGUAACGUACCGAUAAAUCAACAGCAACAUCAACAUCAAUUACACCAUCAUAAUCAUAAUCACCAGCAAUCACAUCAACAACCACACGUACUGAUAGGCAAUAGUAGUGGUGGUGGCUUAGUCGGUGCCCACUACCACCAGCAAUAUCCACCCCAGCCCUAUCCAGCAACACCGGGUUCGCCAGCACAUCAACAUCGGCAUAUACCACAACAACACGCAACAGCAAUUGCAGUGACCGCCUCAUAUCAACCACGCUCACAGUCGCAGCAGCAGCAGCAGCAGCAACACCAACGCACCCUGUCGACCGCAUCCAGUUGUAGUGCACAGCACAAGAGCGUGACCUUCGGUCAAGUGACGGCAGCGUCCAAUAUCGCCGGAUACGCAGGCGAUUACAGCGGCGGCAGCAGCAGCGGUAACUCCAGUUGCGGUCAACAAUCAAUGGCGGGCAACAUGAAACACGGCAAAUCACAAGAAGACGUUUGCUACGUUGUAGCCAAAUACGAUUAUGCGGCGCAAGGUGCGCAAGAAUUAGAUUUGCGAAAAAAUGAACGCUACUUACUGCUAGACGAUUCAAAACAUUGGUGGCGUGUGCAAAAUAAUCGCAAUCUGUCAGGUUAUGUACCUAGCAAUUAUGUGAAGAAGGAGAAACCGUCAUUAUUCGAUAGCAUUAAGAAAAAAGUGAAAAAAGGCUCCGGUUCGAAAACAUUACCAAAUUGUUCACCCUCAAGGCAAAUUGAAAGUCCAACAAUGUCACGACGUUUACCACCAGAUCCAGCCGAAGCUAUUGGCACUGCAAUCGUUAAAUAUAAUUAUCAAGCCCAACAGCCAGACGAACUGUCACUGAGCAAAGGGACACGUAUUCUCAUACUUGAAAAGUCAAACGAUGGCUGGUGGCGUGGACAGAGUGGAAAUGCCGUCGGCUGGUUUCCAAGUAAUUACACAACUGAGGAUUGUGAUAAUGACGGUGAAAUACACACCUAUGCCAUGGCGGAGAAUGUGCUCGACAUUGUGGUCGCGCUUUAUAGCUUCUCAUCGAACAAUGAUCAAGAACUGUCAUUUGAGAAAGGCGACAGACUCGAAAUUGUGGAUCGUCCAGCAUCUGAUCCAGAUUGGUAUAAGGCAAGAAAUAAUCAAGGUCAAGUCGGUUUAGUUCCACGCAACUAUCUCCAAGAAUUAAACGAUUAUCUAGCUACACCGUUCCGUAAUAAUAGUGGUGGCAAUGGCAAUGGCGGUGGUGGCGGUAGCAGUGGUGGUGAUUCAAUUGAUCGUCGCAAUGACGGCAUGUCUGCGCAAUCUUCACCACCUAUGGCACCGAUGGAACGGCCAAAUUUGGCUGGGAAAUCUUGGUAUUAUGGCGCUAUCACCCGUAGCCAAUGCGACACAGUAUUGAAUCAACAUGGACAUGAUGGUGAUUUCCUUAUACGAGAUAGUGAGACUAAUAUGGGUGAUUAUUCGGUUUCUCUUAAGGCGCCAGGCCGCAAUAAACACUUCCGUGUACAUGUUGAGAAUAGCAUGUACUGCAUUGGCCAACGUAAAUUUCACACACUAGAUCAAUUAGUAGAUCAUUACCAAAGAGCACCGAUUUAUACGAAUAAGCAAGGCGAAAAAUUAUAUUUGGUACGACCGUUACCAAAGGCAAAUGGCACGUAAGCAAACUACAUUUGCGGCAGCAGUUUGGCAUAAUCCUCGUUAUGCCAGUACAUUACAUUCAUCAGAAAAACAUACGCAACUACAUACAUACACACAACUCAUCGAUACUGGCCACUUUAGGAAGUUUGCACCUGUUGCUUUUACUGCUGCUAAUACCGCCUGGCGGUAUCCCAAACAAAUUUAGAUAUUAUUAUAUAAUUUUACCGAUACACGUAAAUGUAAUGAAAUACGACAUACAUAACGGUUAAUGUGUAAUUGAAAAGCUACAGCAAGCGCUAAAACGAAGUAAGCAAAUUUCAAAACAACAAAAUGAAAAAUAAUGCAACAACAAACUUGAUAACAAUUAGAGAGGGAUGAGUAUCGUCAAAUUAUCACAAUUUAAACCUUUGCUAUUUUAAACUAUAAAGAGCAAAUUAAUUAACGUGGAUGCAACUACCAAAAAACGAAACAUUUAAAUUAUAUAUAUAAACUUAUGAAUCAAUUAAUGGAUGCAAAUAUAUAUAUUUAUAUAUAUUACAAUAAAUGAACGUAAAAAACUGGCACUUGCAUAGUAUUGUAUUAUAUAUUUUAGUUGAUUAUUAUUAUCAUAGUUAUUAUCUUAGAUUAUUUGUUCUUCUUCAACUCUAAUGAAGACAGUUUUGAAGAAGGCAAGCACGGAAAAAAGCGGGUUAAUUCGAUUUAAGUUGCUAACAAUUUUCAAGUUGCCAGCAUUUUCGACAAUAUUUGUUCGAGCGCAACAUUACGCGCCGCAAUUUGUGAACGCGUGCGCACUGAAAUCUCAUUGUUUAUUGCAAACAUAUUUAUAGAUACGUAUAUUUAUAUUAGAUUUAGAGGGAGCGAUUGAUUUUAAACAUCAGAUAGGUUUUUUUACAAUAUACAAGUGAACAAAUAUUUUGGUUGCUGAAAUUAUUUUAGAUAGGUAUGAAAACACAAUUGACUUAAAUAAAUGCUUCACUGUUUAUUGGCGCGACUAAUUUGAGAGCAAUUUUUAAGCGCGAAAUUUGUUGUAAAUAUUUGUGAUUAGUGAAAAUACUAUUUGAAGUAAUGUUUUCGAAAAUAAAAUAGCUUUUUCUUAAAUUCGACAAAAGGAUUUUAUUUCAGAAAAUGCUUGUAAUUUUUUUAAUUUUUAAAAUACUCAUACUUAUUAAUUUGCUCAUUUUCAUAGAAUAUAAACUUUUUGUAACUUUGAGAAAUAAAUUUCCAAAUUAUUUCAGUUUUUCAUGUAUAUAUGUGACCACUCGAAAAUUUAGUUGCAUCGAAAUUUGUUCUUGUACGUCUGAAUACAAAGAAAAAAGCUUUGCAACAAUGUCAAGCUUGUUUUGUAACUGAAAUGAAUGUAACGUCUAGAAAAAAAUUACAAAUUACACUUACUUACCGAUUCAACCAGAGUUAGGUCUUCGGUAGAAUUCAUUUGUAGCGUUGGAUUGCAUAUUUUGUUGGUUGAUAGUCAUUAAAUAUCUCUUUAAUGUAAUUUUCUACAAUUAUAACUUUUGUAUAUAUUCAUAUAAAGGCUUUUAAACUAAAAGAAAGACGUAAAAUGUAUCGAAAAGAUUAUUGGAUCCAGAAAGCAAGUAGGUCUCAAAUAUAUUCAUUAGGAGGAUUUUUCGAAUUUCUUUGACAAAAUUCAGACUAUGUUGACCCAUUUUCUGGAAUCGAUUCUUUUCCUUUCGUAAUAUUAAAAUGAUUUAUUUCAGUAGGAGAAAAAUCGAAUAGUUUUCUUUUUAAACUGUCUGAUCGUUUAGUGAAGUCUAAGUAAACAAAAUGUGAAUAUAAUUUAGUGAAAUCAAAUUUAAAAUCAAGUUUAAUAUGAUUUUCACUACAAAACAUUGAAGGCUUUGAAUGCAAAUGUAAAAUAUAUUAAAUUUGCUUACAUAUUUAAUGUAAAAGCUUUUUAGGAAAGGUCGGAAAAAGUCAUAUAAUGUCACAAAUAUAAUUAUCAUAUAUCAUAUUUACAAAAGACAAAAAAUCAUACCAUAUGAGAAAAUAACAAAAUAAUAAAUGUAUGAGGCCAGAGACUUUGCAAAAAUGUAAUGUGUUGACACAUAAAGUAUAAAAACGAAAAAACGAAAAAACGAUUUUGAAGGGUUCGGGUUUAUACUGCUUCGAAUUUAUGUAGCUUAUCAGUUAUAAAAUUACGCCGCUUCUGUAAAGGAAAAAAAACAAAGAAAUACUUUCACAAAACUCAAAUUUAAAAAAGUUAUUAUUUUUUUACUAUACAAAAAACCGAAUACUGCGUACUCACAAACAGAUCCCUUCAUUUUCGGAGAGCUUGCACAGACAUACUAGUAUGUAGUAAGCUAUAUAAAGUAAAUUGAAAAACCAAACAAUACUUUAUAAAUACAUAAACCAUAAAAUAUUGUAAUAUGUAUACUAUACUAUGCAAACAAUAUAUAUACGAAAUUUCAUUACUACUAUAUAUUAUUCAAAAACAUGGAGAGGUGAUGAUUAAAAAUGCAAAUACAUAAAAUAUAAAACACUGAAAAUAUAAAGUAAACAUAUUUUAAAUAGAACAGACUAUCGUAGGAAAAUAAAAAUAACGUUUAUAUAAACAUACAUAUAUGUGCUGUACUAGUAUGUGUAAAUGGCAUUCGUGGUCUCAUGCACCUAUGUAUGUACGUAGCUGCUCAGCUCUGUAGUCAACUAUUUAGCACUAAAGCCACUAAGCAACGGAGCGCCACUACCCGCUUCUACCUUUCAAUGGUAAACACUUUCGAACCAGCCCAGCUGCUUCAUUUUAUUAUUAAAUGUACUAAAUUAUUAUAUUAUAAAUAUAAAUAAGUAAUACGACAAAAAUAAUAUUCUAAAAGUCCCACUUGCGAAUAUAAAUAGUUUAAUUCUUAACUUUUAAAAUAUUUAAAAAAAUAAUUAUUAUAAGGUCGAUAAAGGGUGCAGACGACUACUGCAGAAUGUCGCAACCUAAAAUAUGGAAGAGAUAUGAGUUUCAGUAAUAAAUGACGAAUAUUUAGAAGAAAUAAUAUUAAUUUCGUAUUUUUAAAGUAGCUUUUUUAAUUUGUUUUAGUUUUUCACUGUGUUCAGAACGGAGUACAUAGUCAUUAUUGAUUGUAUACCUACAUAAAUGCAUACAAAGAAAGUUAUUUAUGUUAUGAAUUUUGAGUUUUUUAAUUAAUUGUUAAUUAAAUUGUACAGUUUUGUUUUUGUAUUUUAAUAUAAAACUCUCUCUCUCUGCUCUGCGUUAAAAGUAUAAAAAAUAUUUCCAAACAUAAUCUCUUCAUUGCCGAAUUGGCGUUGAUGGCCAAGCGCUAUGCUUCCAUUUCUUAAGCAUAUCUAUUUUUCAACAAAAUAUUAGGCAAAUCAUAAUUGUUCGGCGCUCUUUGUAAUAUGUACUCUUUUUUUUAAACCAUUCACGUGGUCGUGCAUAUUGCGCUGAAGAGCUCAACCGACUUAAUAAUAAUACCGCAAGCAGUAUAAACAGCCGUUUAGAAAACUUUCACCAUUCACAAUGUGCUGCACUUGAAUACCUUUCUUAUUCAUGCUUAGCUAUUGCUUUCACUAUAUAUAUAUACUAUAUAACUAAUAUUUUUAUAUUUUUAUGUAAGUAUUGUAAAAAAAGUUUUUUAUUUGUUAAAGAAAAUGAAAGAAAUUGUAAGCGAAUGUAAAACAAAAUAAAUAUAAAUUAAUGAAUACAUAUACAACUAACAUAAUAAAUAUUAUUAAAUGACACAGUAAACCGAAUUAGUACCAUGUGUAGUUGUAUCUUUUUUCUACUUAUUUAAUAUGCGCAAUUUUUUACUAUGAAUAAUGAAUGAAAAACACGAAAACUAUAAAAAAAUCACACUUACACACAUGUGUAGAAGAUAUCGUGUGCAAGAAAUAAAUAAAUAAAGCAAGGCGAAACGCAAAAAUGCUACUAAGAUAUUAAAAGAGAAAAUACAUGAAAUGAGUGAACAAACUAGAAAUUAAACCGAAAUGGAAAUACGAAUAAUAAAAAUGCAAAUACAUAUGGAAAUAAUUGAAAAAUAAA